GAUUAGGAGAUCAUAAAAAGAAAAAAAAUAUUUACCUUUUUUAGUGGGUCAUCAAAGGGCAUCUUGGAAAGAACUUGUGAUGCUUGUGGAAUCACUUCAAGCCCACUUGAAUGUUAUGCCAGAGCCACCACAAAAGAAACCUAGACAUCCAUAUCCAAGCCGAUUUCACAAUUCAGGACAACAGACAAUGGGACCACCAGCUGUCGUUCAAACACCACCUUCUAACAUCCCAACACCUGUCCCUCCUGCUUCCACCCUAACACCUGCGCCUUCUAACAUCCCAACACCUGUCCCUCCUGCUUCCACCCUAACACCUGCGCCUUCUAACAUCCCAACACCUGUCCCUCCUGCUUCCACCCUAACACCUGCGCCUUCUAACAUCCCAACACCUGAACCUCCUAUAACACCUGAUCAUGAACCUCAAGCAGCGGAUGCCAUAUCUUCAGAAACGACAGGGAUGGCAAGAAAAAGACUCCACAUUGAGCAUUUGCUAGACAAUGAAGAUUGCAUAGACUAUGACUCUAUCAUGAGAGUUCUAGGAACCUGUGGAUGGGAAGAAUUUUUGACCCUGGCGGAUACUGUUCUCCCACUUAUUGACGACGUCAAAACAUCUCUUUGUGUCAAUUUUGACAUGCAGUUGCUUUUUGACGUGGACAGAAGGUACAAAGACUUUGUUCCUUCUACUGUAGGAAACAGGGUAUGCCUGACCACUAGAGCAGAUGGAAACUGUCUGUUUAAUUCAUUUUCGUUGGCUCUAUAUGGGGAUCAGGCCCAUGCAUCAUAUUUGAGGCUCUGUUCAAUGAUAAACAUGAAGGACAGAUUAGUAGAAUAUUCUAAAUAUCGAUUUUCCACAUUCACAUGUUGUGUGAGCUAAUUAGCAGACCAGUGGAAAGCCAUUUCAAAUUGAGGAAUAGGGCACACAUGCCGUUAGGGGAGAUGUGUUUCCUCCUUUGGGGAAGGUGAAAUUUGCUCCUCCCAUUCACAUCGUUUGGGUUCCAG